AUGCUAGUCGCUGCCCCCUUGCUUGAAUCAAAAGCGGUCAAAAACAAGCGCAAUACUCUUGCAUAUUUGGGCUACAGAUCCCUUGUCGAGGAAGAUCAGACUCUGGAUAUUCUGCAGGGUGUGUUGGUAAUCGUUGCUUGGGCACACAAGUCCUGCAUUGAUAAUAGUCAGGUUGUCAAUCUGACAUAUCUAGCACUUGGAUAUGCUCACGGUUUGGGGAUCACACAAAAGUCUGUCUUGCAUAAAAAUAUCGCAGAAAUAUCGCCAGACUCAGAAGAAAGAGCACCGCAGGAUAGGACGCAUUUGAUAGAAGAACAGCGCACUGUUCUUGGUCUUUACUGUGUCUUAUCAAUGCAAGUAUGCCGAUUCACCAUGAGUUUCUAUCUAACAGAUCGCAGUAUAACUACAAGACAGUCACGACGAAAUCCCCUUGAUACACCAUACAUCGAAACAUGUCUCAAAAACAUCGGCCAAUCCCCAGUUGAGACAUCUGAUUUUGUAGCAGCGCAUAUUGUCCAUCUUGUUCGCAUGAGCGAGAGGCUCUUAGAAGGAUUCGGCGAGCCGCAUAAAAGGACAUUAUCUAGGCCUUAUGCUUUCCUCCUCGAAGGGACCGGAAGGCAUUUUCAUACUGACCUUAAUCGCUUGGCGGCAUUAGCCACUUAUCCCAGUCUGGCGAGUUAUAGCCAGAUGUUCGAACUUCAUCGUCUAUAUCUCUUGGUGCGGAUGUAUGAGCCUGCUAUUGUCGUAGCAUGCCAUCCUGAUGAAGGCGUGCUUCUGUUUGUCUUCCUGCUGAUAUGUUUACGCAACUGCCUUGACACCAUGCGAUCGUUUUUCGACCUGUUCCUGGAGUUGCCUGUUGAUCUUAUGCUGCGCUAUUCAAUAAUUACUUCUGAUCAUGUCAUAUUCGUCACGCUACAGGCAGUAAGAUUACUUCUCAUUGAGAUUCCUGACUGGGAUGUUCAGUCUGCUCGAGAGAAGCUGGAUAUAGGGGCUGUGCUGGAUCAGAUCGUAUCGCGUUAUGAAGAGGCAGAUGUCUUGCGUGAGGGAGCAGUGAGAAAGUUCGGCAACUCUACGCAAUCAGAAGAACACUCGGAUAAGAUGAGUAGUCUCUCAAAACUAGCACGGGAGAUCGGGCUGCUAAAAUACUGGUUCGAAGCCAGGACUCGGGGGAAACGGACUGAGGAUGUUUUGCCAAUUGAGCUUGAGAAGGAUGAGUAUCAGGAUAGGCUGCGACCAACGUGGUCUGUAGGUCUUUUGGAGGAUAUCGACUGGAACAUUGGCUAG